GAUUAUUUACCUUUAGGCAACGCUGUCAACAAGACGGAAUCAAAGUGUGAAAAAGUGAAAAAUUUGCACAAAAAAGCCGAACUGUAUUCAUUUGUUUCAGAUAUAAAUCGGUAACUAAGUGUCGCAAUCCAAUUCUAUACAUUAUUAAAGAAAGAUUGACAGAAAUUGCACCGGCAACUAGAGCGGCGUUUUUUUUUUGUUGCCGGCGGCGCGAAAAGUACUCGCUUCGGCGUCUAGCGCGUGCGUUUGCAUCUUCGAUUUGCGACAACUACAUUGAUUUUCCGCAGCGUCCGGCGUCGUCCUUGCCUUCAGAUAUAUAGAUAGCUGGCUUGGAGUUAUCUGCCUGAUUUGGAUACGGUAACAUGGGUGCUUAUUUGUCGAGCCCGAAGACGGAUAAGGCGUCCACAGAUGAGUUCAACGACUUGCUUGUGGUAGGGGCCAGCUCGAUGCAAGGUUGGCGCAAUAGCCAGGAGGACGCACAUAAUUCUAUUCUGAAUUUUGAUGAAAAUACCUCGCUAUUUGCCGUCUAUGAUGGACACGGUGGCGCCGAGGUGGCCCAAUAUUGCGCCGACAAGUUGCCAGAGUUCCUCAAGAACUUGGAUGAUUACAAGCGUGGCGAAUUGGUUGAGGCGCUGAAAAAUGCCUUUCUGGGAUUCGACAAAACCUUGCUAGAUCCACCCGUGGUGACCAUUCUCAAAAUUUUGGCCGGCGAACACAAUUUUGUGGAUGGUGCCGGUGAAUGUGAUGGCGAGGGGGAUGAGGAGGAUGAGGUUGAAGAUUUGGCCGAAUUACACGAGGAAAGUCAUUUGCCGCUAAACGAGGUCCUUGAGAAAUACAAAGGUUUGCCAUUAACCCAUGACUUGGCCAAGAUAAAUUCAGAUUCGGCCGAUGGUAAAUUGCAAUCGCCCAUGUUAAGAGGACGUCGUGCUGCAGCAGUGGCUGCUGAAGCAGUUAAUAAGGCUGUUAUGGAUCCCACAGCCAAGCCAGAAGGUUCAUCCACUUCGAAGGCAGCAGCGGCUGCCGCUGCGGCGCUCAGUGAGGUGGACGGAGCCGGACCAGGUCCCAGUUCAAGUUCUUCAUCGAAAUCAGCUAAAGUCGAGCAGGAGGAUGAGUCGACAGUGAGCAGUAGCUGCAGCAGCUCAAAUACCAGCAAAAGCAACAAUCCAAGCAACAGUGUGCCACCGUCCAGCAAUGGUAGCAGCAGCCAAGGUCCUCCUGGUGGUCAGGAGAAUGGCAGUGUAACCUCAUCGGAGACCAAAGUGGUCGAAGAUGCUCAAGACGUUGUGUCUGGUUCGAGCGACAUUGUCGGCAGUGAGGGAAAGGCAAAUGGAAGCGUUGAUAGCUCCACUUGCAGCAGGACCGCCAAGGCAGAUCUAGCUGAUAUUUCCUCGACCAGCAAGGAUUCGGAGAAAGUGAACAAGAAAGCCCCUGCGACAGCCGCAACUGAUGAUGACUCCACAGAUGAUGAUGCUGACUACGAUGAGAAUUCUUCGGUCGAAGGUGCCGAUAUAUCCGCUGUCAAUGGUUCUUCUGACGAAGACAUUGACAUGGAUGGUGACGACAAUGAAGACCUUUCUUCCUCCGAUGAGGACAACAAUGGCAGUGAUGAUGACGAGACGGAUGAAGAUCAGCUAGCCAAUGACAAAUUUUGCGCCAACAUGAUUGAAGAGCCUGGUAAGGAUAGUGGUUGCACAGCUGUUGUUUGCUUGCUAAAUGGCCGCGAUCUAUAUGUGGCCAAUGCCGGUGACUCCAGAUGUGUCGUCUCCCGCAAUGGCCGAGCUAUUGAAAUGAGUUUGGAUCACAAGCCCGAAGAUCUGGAGGAGACCACACGCAUCACUAAGGCUGGCGGUCGUGUUACUCUUGAUGGACGUGUCAAUGGUGGACUAAAUCUAUCUCGAGCUCUGGGCGAUCAUGCCUAUAAGACAAAUUUGGAUUUACCCGCAGAGGCGCAGAUGAUAUCUCCUUUGCCGGAUAUCAAAAAGCUGAUUAUUACACCGGAAGAUGAGUUCAUGGUACUGGCCUGUGACGGCAUAUGGAACUACAUGACCAGUGAGGAAGUUGUCACCUUUGUACGAUCCCGUUUGAAAGAUGAAGACAAAAAAUUGUCUAAAGUCUGCGAAGAGCUCUUCGAUAACUGUUUGGCGCCUGAUACAAUGGGAGAUGGCACCGGAUGCGACAAUAUGACCGCCGUGAUUGUUAAAUUCCUGCCGAAACUUCAAGACCUAAAGGCUAGCAUUAACCCCGACGAAACUGAAGAUGCGCUGCUGGAACGGCAAAAGAAGAAACAAUCAGUUGAUGCUGUCGUCAAAGUUGAUAAGAGUGAGCUCAAGCGUAGUGCAUCGCCUGAUACGCGGGCUGACUGCGACGAUUUGGCUGAGGAUGACAGUAAAUCGAAAUCGAAACGUAUGAAGACUGAGGAGCUCGUUGAGACCGCUUCUGAGGCGUCAGCUGUGGGCGUGGAGGAUAAGGAAAAGGUAAUCCUCAAAGAGACGAGCAACGAAUCCACCGUAGUUGUCUCAUCUACGUAAAUUCCCCCCCAAAAAUGCGUCAAGCGAAUCAAGCUCUUAGAGCCUAUCACAUAUUUUAUGAGAGAAAAAUUUCCAAAUUAUUUAAUUGAAGUGUACACGAAAACAUAAAAAAAAGCAAAAAAAAAAAAAUAUUCAUUUGUACGCGUAUAUAUACAUACCUAUUUUAAUUUUACUUAUACAUAAUUUGUAAUUCGUUCUUUUUUUUUACACUGUAUCGUAUAACCAUAAACAAACAAAAAAUCCAUUCGCUCGCCCCAGGAAGAUCAUUCAAUUAUAGACAUACAAAUGCAGCACACAUAUACACUAAUACAUACCACCCAGAUUCAUUGAAUUUUGAAUCUAUUCCCCAUAAUUCAUUAAAUGUAUAUGAAUGACUCCCAAUCAAUUCAGAGUCAACAUCAAUUAGAAAGGGAUUUUGCCAUUUGUCGUAUUAUCCAUCAACAUUUUCAUCAUUUUAUUUUUUUUUACUUUUAUAUAUCGUCGCAAAUCGCGUUUAUGAGGAGAUCGGAAUAAUUAACUUGGACAAUAGAAACGUCUUUAAUAUUUCUCGUAUAUUUUUUCAUUCUAGUUUUUAGAGAUAGAACUCUUUGUCUAUACACAAAGGAUGAUUUAUUAUACAUAACUAAUUUAAGAAUUCAAACAUUCUUCUUUCUGUUUUUUUUAAUUGCAGAGGUAAAAUAUUGAUCAAAUGUUUGUAACGCACAAAAACAAAGGUUUUUUCGACCCCGUAAAAUACAUAGAUUCUUAAUCGAGCUAAUAUUAUCCAAUUGUCUGUCUGUUUUCAUCCAAAGUGGUCUCGCAAGUAUUAAGUUAUGUUAAUGUAAGAAUUUCUUUUCAGUAGAGAGACAAUUUAACACCAUUAACUGAUUUUAACGAGUAAUAAAAUAGGACUUGGAGUUCCGUCCUUCUUUUACCCUUUUACAAUUGUAUAGACAUCUGAGGAAUUUGCAUUUUUUACAAUAUGUAUUCCAGUUCACAUAAGUCGUAAAAACAUCGAAUCUUGGGGUCGUUUCAUACUUUAAAAAGAUUUAAGAAAAAAUAUGUCCAUUGUCAUUGUCAUUUCGAUUAAUAUGUAGUGAUAGCUAAAUAAUAUUUGCCUCAAAUUUAAAGGAAUCAAUAAAUCAUUGUACUCGUAUAAGAUAAGAACACGUAUAUGAUACUUUUUAUAUCUCUGCAAUUGUGUGUAUAUUUUGAUGGCAAUCAUUUUGAAAUCAAGAAACAUCAAUAUACUAGAUUAGAUUCCCGAAUUAUCCUCCGAAAACCUUUUCUAUUUACAACUUUUUACAAAUUUUUAAACUUUUGUUUUCUUUGUCCUUGAUAAUUAUUUCGUUUGCAAUUAUUUUAUUUGUUUUUCUUUAAUUCUACUAUUCCGCAGCGAUUAUAAAUUUUAAAAACAAAAAUAAUUAAAUAUAAAUGUUGUCCCAGAUAAUUAUUUCGCUGACUACCUUAUAUGUGAGUGUAUAUCAUAAUGUGACGGAUUUAAUAAAUGCCAAUAAGAAAAAUCUAA